UGAGGGAUAGUGUGUGAGGCAGCCAGCCAGCCAGUCGGUGCGAGUGUGUGAGCCAUGUUGGAUGUGAAUGUUCGGGAGGAGUGAUGCUGCUGCUGCGCCGCUCCUAACGCUCAGACCUCCGGCUCCACGGACCACAGCGGGUAGAUGCCAACUCUCCGUGGCGACAGAGAGACGGGGGAGCCUUGGGGAAGGUGUCGGGCGGGGCUGGCGGUCCUGGAACUGGCCACCUAGCCGGAGCGGGGGAGCGUGAGAGAGAGAGAGUCAGAUAGAGAGAGAGAGAAGUAACGGGAAGGAAGGAGGGGAGGAAAGCACACGCUACAGGAGAACGAUAGAGGAUAGUGCGAAGUGGAAGCGGGAGAAAGGAGGAGGAGGGACGGAGAAAGGAAGAGACUAAAUGGCUGCACCUAUAACGGGCUUCACCCCGCUCCUGCUCUCGUCUCUGACACUCCACCUGCUUCUCCUCGGUUCUUUGUUAACCCUCACUCCGGGGACGGUGAGCACAGGAGGGGUUUUCAGCAGAUGGACACCGGGCCUUCACUAUCGAGACGCCGGUAAAGUGAGCCAGCAGCAGCAACAGCAUCACUUUGAGAAAGCCAGGGAAUCGCCGAGGGGCAGCAGGAAUCUACGCCCAAGCAGGUGGAUCUUAGCGUGGACUAAGGGAUGCUGUGGAGAGCGGCGCGCGGAGGGCAUCCUAUGGGCAAGGAGGGCGCAGGAAGAGAGACUGAAAAGUGUCGGGACGUUUUGGGCUCCACUACCUUCCCCUCCUCUCCACCCUAGUAGUAGGGGCAGGUUGAGCACCGAUGGCGUCGGAGCAGGAGAGGGUGUGGAAAGAGGAAGGAUGGGGAAACUGGGCAUUGUUUCAUCUUCCACCUCACCUGCUCUCAUCCUUUUGGUUCUGAAUGGCAAAAAAAGGGCAGUAAAAAGGACUAAAACGUGCGCGCAACUAUGGUCGGAGUUGAGGCCACACCUUUCCAAACGUGGCGCUGACAGAGCCUUUGUGCACGCCUCUGGACCACGCAGGGCACCCGGAAGUGGUGAGAGAGAAGCAGGAAAGGCGUGCAAAAAGGCUAGUGGGGUGAGGAAUAUCUCCUCAAAAAUCUUCCUUCUGACCAACAAGCCUUCACCUGGCUCAUUUCCAGCCACUCCCUACUGGUGCAAUCAUCCUAUUUCUGGAUACAGUUUACCUCAUGCUAACACUUCAAAUUGCAUCUCCAAAUGUCAACCAAGAAAAGUGGACUGCAGUUAUUGUUUUCCAGCUUUUAAUUUCUCCAAGACUCCAUGUGUUUGUAAAAUUCAGGAUGAAACAGUUUUUUGGAACAGCAUCAAGAAGAUUUGGGAUGCUGAUGAGAGCUCUGCCAGUGUGGACAGGAGGGCUGGUAAUUGUUCUCAUUUAGACAGACACAGUGUUAUCAAUCCUAACAGCAACAGAAAGGUGAGUGAUGGUGGCAGCAGACCUGGGCACAUUAAAAACAGAAAAGAGAAGGGUGUACAGGGAGACAUUAACCGCAGUGCCAGUUUACCCUCUUGUGUGAAAAAAUUGUUUAAUUAUGCCAGAAUCAUGGAUGAUGGAAGAGGGGUAAAGAGAGGCAGAGAAGAAAGGGUUUACAAAGGCAAACAGCAUGAUGAUUUGACUAAUCAUGCAGAGAAUUGUUCAGUUUUUCCAGUUGUGAUGCUAUCACUCAGUGCUGAUAAUAAGCAACAGCAGGAGAAAUCAACAAUCAGGGGGCGGGGCAGUCAAGCCCAGAGAGAGAGCAGGGAGGUUAGUGGUGGCUGGUUCAGUUGUCUGGGCAAAAAAGAAAUGGGGGAGGGAUAUUUAGCCACACUGAUGGUCCCCAGGAGAGGUAUGACUCAGAUCAGUCACCUCAACCGAUUUCUCUCUAUUAGCAUCUCAGAGAAGCCCAGUCGACACCUUCUAUCCAAAAAAAGAGCUUUCACUAAUGCUGAAUCAACAAACCCUGAACUGGCAGUUUAUGAAUUCACUCUGAAAGAGCCAAGUGACUUUACAGAUAUAAGAAGACCAUCUGAACGGCAUCGCGAAGAUGCAGAAAAAGUAGAAGCAACUUCUGAGGCAGAGUCAGCCAGUGACUCUGACCUUUCUGUAUCAGCCACAACUCACCCUGCAACAAAACGCAAACAGCGUAGUCAAACUAAAGCGAGGUAUCCAUCCUUUUCCUGGCCAUUGAAUUUGACCACAUGGCAGGAGGAGUCCUUACUUCCCUCCCCCUCAGCUCAUGAGGUUAUUUCAGCACAAUGGACAGCUCCACAAUCCUCUGGAGGCAUGUUUAUGUGGAAUAAAUUGAACACAAACAGCAAUAACAACAACAUAAAGGAUGCAAGCAAGGAGAUUGAUGAAUAUAGUCAUGAAUCCAAGACAGCAAAGACAGCCUGGCAUGGCGAGACACAAAAACAAGAUCUAUGGGAGAGUGCUGUCCACGUUAGGUGCAUUGAAAGCAUUUCCAGUGACUACUCAGCCACUGAGCUAGGUGAAAGCGCACAUAUGCAAUUAAAAUCCGGUAAUCAAGUGCCAUUAGAGCCCGAAGGUGUCAGCCUGUCAGAGAGGCAGCAGAUGGGGACCAGAGAAGAAAGGGAGAGAGGUGUAGAAAAGGAGGGAGAGGGUUUGGAGGGGUCUGCUGCUGUUGCUUCUGCUGUUUGGGGAGGAAAAUUAAAGGUGGGGGAGGGCAAGAGAGAGACGCGGUGGAUGGGAGGUAGAGAAUCAUGGGCAGAAGAGGAAAAUGAGGAGGAGGAGUGGGAAAAGGAGGAGAAGAAAAAGGGAAUCCAGGGAGAGGAGAGUAAUGUGGAGAGAGGGAGGAGUCAGGGUCAGGAUCAGGGCAGUAGCACUUCAACCGUCACAGACUUGGAUCACAAAAGAGGGAAAAGAGAGAGUCGAGCAGAUGAAAGCAACCAGGGAGGCGAGGGAGGUGAGACUUCAAGGGGGGAGAGGAGUCUGGAACGCCUGAUAAUAGUAGCAGAUGAGGAUACCUCACCGGGAGAAAAAGAGAGGAGGAUUCUGAUGCCGUGGUCUCGUUCUAGACGUGCCGCCAACAAGCAUCCUCAUUUCUCACUGUAUAACUACCAAGUUCAAGUAGCUGAAAACCAGCCACCUGGCACCUCAGUCAUUAUCAUGUCAGCCUUAGACCAAGAUGCAGGAGAAGCAGGCAGAGUUAGCUACACCAUCGCCCCGCUGAUGAACAGCCGAUCAUCUGACUACUUCCACAUCCACCCAGAAUCAGGACUCAUCACCACCACUCAGAUUCUCGACAGGGAGCACAUGGACCAGCAUUACUUCCGGGUCACAGCGACUGACCACGGCUCCCCACGCCUCUCUGGCACCACAAUGGUAGCCAUUACUGUGUCAGACCGCAACGAUCAUUCACCUAUAUUUGAGCAAACUGAGUACAGGGAGACGAUUCGGGAAAAUGUAGAGGAGGGCUAUCCCAUCCUACAGUUGAGAGCAACGGAUUCAGACUCCCCAUCCAAUGCAAAUAUUCGUUACCGGUUUAUUGGAGAAUCAGCCGCAAUAGCACGGACUGCCUUUGAGAUCGACCCCCGCUCUGGACUUAUUACAACACGUGGAUCUGUGGACCGGGAAAUAAACGAGCACUACACACUCCAAGUGGAGGCCAGUGACCAGGGAAAGGAUCCGGGGCCACGCUCUGCUACUGUCAAAGUUUUUAUCACAGUGCUGGAUGAAAAUGACAAUGUGCCUCAGUUCAGUGAAAAGCGCUAUGUGGUGGCAGUGAAGGAGGACGUGAGGCCUCACUCUGAGAUCCUCCGUGUGAGUGCCACGGACCGGGACAAGGACAGUAAUGCUGCAGUUCACUAUAACAUCAUCAGUGGCAACAGUCGCGGACAGUUUUCCAUCGACAGUGUCACGGGUGAAAUUCAGGUGGUUGCACCUCUGGACUAUGAGUCUGAACGGGAGUACACGCUGCGUGUGCGGGCUCAGGACAAUGGAAGACCACCUCUCUCCAAUAAUACAGGAAUCGUCAGUGUGCAAGUCACAGAUGUCAACGACAACCCACCUAUUUUUGUCUCCACCCCCUUUCAGGCAUCUGUGCUGGAGAGUGCCCCAGUUGGCAGCUCCAUUCUCCACAUUCAGGCCAUCGAUACAGAUUCAGGUGACAAUGCCCGCCUAGAGUACAGAUUAACCGGCACUGGCUCUGACACACCAUUUGUUAUCAAUUCUGCCACUGGCUGGGUCACAGUUAGCUCUAUUCUUGACAGAGAAUCUGUGGAGCAUUACUUUUUUGGUGUUGAGGCCAGGGAUUAUGGAAUGCCACCCCUUUCUGCCACAGCAAGUGUCACCAUCACAGUCAUGGAUGUUAAUGACAAUCGGCCCGAAUUCCUCCAAAAGGAGUACUAUGCUCGACUGAACGAGGAUGCAGCCGUUGGUACUAGCGUAGUGACUGUCACUGCUGUGGAUCGAGAUGUCAACAGUGCAGUGACCUAUCAGAUAACUGGAGGAAACACCAGAAACCGCUUUGCUAUCAGCACGGCUGGAGGAGCGGGCCUUCUUUCAUUGGCUCUUCCGCUGGACUACAAACAAGAGCGCCGUUACGUUCUAACUGUCACCGCCUCAGACCGUACACUACACGAUACCUGCCAAGUGCAUAUCAACAUCACCGACGCCAACACACACCGACCUGUGUUCCAGAGCGCUCAUUACUCUGUCAGCGUGAAUGAGGACCGACCGCCUGGAAGCACAGUGGUUGUAAUCAGUGCCACAGAUGAUGAUGUUGGCGAAAAUGCUCGCAUCACAUACUUUCUUGAGGACAACAUCCCACAAUUCCGCAUUGAUCCAGCCACUGGAGCGAUAACACUCCAGGCAGAGCUUGACUAUGAGGACCAGAUGACCUACACUUUGGCUAUAACUGCUAAAGAUAACGGGAUACCACAGAAAUCAGACACAACAUAUGUUGAGGUGAAUGUAAAUGAUGUAAAUGACAAUGCACCUCAGUUCCUCAGUCCCAGGUACCAGGGGACGGUGAGUGAAGAUGCUCCUCCCUUCACUAGUGUCCUCCAGAUCUCAGCCACAGACCGUGACGCUCAUGCCAACGGUCGUGUUCAAUACACCUUUCAAAACGGUGAGGACGGGGAUGGAGAUUUUACCAUUGAACCUACGUCUGGCAUUGUCCGAACCGUCCGCCGUUUGGAUCGUGAGAGUGUGCCAUUCUAUGAGCUGACUGCCUAUGCUGUGGAUCGUGGUGUUCCCCCUCAACGAACCCCUGUCCACAUUCAGGUGACAGUCCUUGAUGUAAAUGAUAAUGCACCAGUCUUUCCUGCUGAUGACUUUGAGGUUCUGGUGAAGGAAAACAGUGCUGUUGGUUCUGUUGUGGCCCAGAUCACUGCCACUGAUCCCGAUGAGGGUGCAAAUGCUCAGAUCAUGUACCAAAUUGUGGAGGGUAACAUCCCAGAGAUCUUCCAGAUGGACAUAUUUUCAGGAGAACUAACAUCACUCAUUGAUCUGGACUAUGAGGCCCGUAAUGAGUAUGUGAUUGUAGUCCAGGCCACAUCAGCACCUCUAGUCAGCAGGGCCACUGUUAGAAUCCGCCUGGUGGACCAGAAUGACAACCGCCCAACUCUGAAAGACUUUCAAAUUAUUUUCAACAACUUUGUGUCCAACCGGUCCAACAGUUUCCCCAGUGGGGUGAUUGGGAGGGUACCAGCCCAUGACCCUGAUGUGUCCGACAGGCUGUACUACACCAUCGACAGGGGGAAUGAGCUUCACCUGCUGCUCUUGAAUCACACCAGCGGAGAGAUCAAACUGAGUCGAAAACUGGAUAACAACAGGCCUCUGGUUGCUCCCAUGCUGAUCACUGUCACAGACGGUGUCCACAGCAUCUCAGCUCAGUGUGUCCUCCGCGUCCUCAUCAUCACCGAGGACAUGUUGGGCAGCAGUGUGACCGUCCGCCUCCAGAAUGUGUCCCAGGAGCAUUUCCUCUCACCACUGCUCAGUAACUUCCUGGAGGGUGUGUCCGCUGUGCUCUCUGUGCCGGUUGAGGAUGUUUUCAUAUUUAACAUCCAGCCGGAUCUGGAUGCGGUUCCAGGAAGCAUCCUGAAUGUGAGUUUUUCUGCUGCGUUGCCUGGUGGACAUUUUUUCCCCUCCGAGGCCCUGGAGGAACAGCUGUACCUGAACAGGCCAAGGCUGACAUCACUGACACAGAUGGAGGUUCUCCCGUUUGAUGACAACGUGUGCUUACGGGAGCCCUGCCAAAACUACAUGAAGUGCAUCUCAGUGCUGCGCUUCAACAGCUCAGCUCCCUUCAUCUCUUCUCCCUCCAUCUUGUUCCGGCCGAUCCACCCCAUUGCUGGUCUGCGAUGCCGCUGCCCGGUGGGCUUCACGGGCGAUUACUGCGAGACAGAAAUCAACUUGUGCUACUCCAACCCCUGCCUGAACGGUGGGGUGUGUGCACGCAGAGAGGGAGGCUACACCUGCAUCUGCCGUGAAGACUACACUGGUGACCGCUGUGAGUUCGACCCCCAGCAGGGCAGAUGUAUGCCAGGUGUGUGUCGUAACGGAGGGACGUGUCGGGAGCUUUCCGGUGGGGGGUUCCGCUGCGAGUGUCCUGCAGGAAGCUACGAACGUCCGUACUGCACCGUCACAGCCAGGUCCUUCAAAGCCAAGUCGUUUGUCAUGUUCCGAGGCCUCAGGCAGAGAUUUCACCUCUCCAUCUCGUUGACUUUUGCCACCCUGAAGAAAAGCGGUCUCCUCCUUUAUAACGGACGCUUCAACGAGAAACAUGAUUUCAUUGCUUUGGAGAUCCAAGAGGGACAAGUGGUAUUCAAAUAUUCCACAGGCGAGUCAUCCACUCAGGUGAGCCCCUAUGUGUCCGGCGGAGUGAGUGAUGGAAACUGGCACACGGUUCACAUCCGUUACUACAACAAGCCAGCUUCACGCUAUCCUAAACGCAGCCUGAUUGGAGAAGCCCAGGGUCCGUCGGAUGAGAAGAUAGCCGUGGUGAGCGUUGACGACUGUGACACGGCCUUGUCACUUCGCUUUGGUCUGCAGCUUGGAAAUUAUAGCUGCGCCGCACAGGGCAAACAGACCAGCAGCAAGAAGUCUUUGGAUCUGACUGGACCAUUGUUUCUGGGGGGAGUUCCCAAUGUUCCUGACAACUUCCCCUUUGGCACCAGGGAUUUUGUCGGCUGUAUGAAAGACCUUCAUGUUGACAACAAGGCGUUGGAUCUGGCUGGAUUUAUCGCCAACAAUGGAACUCUUCCUGGCUGCAGCGCCAAACAGUCCUUCUGUAAGUCCAACCCGUGUCAGAAUGGAGGAACCUGCAGGGUGAGCUGGGAGACCUUUGCCUGCGACUGUCCGAUAGGAUACGGAGGGAAGGACUGCAGCCACAGUACGCCACACCCGCACCAUUUCCUCGGUAAUAGCGCCCUCUGGUGGGACCUGAAGAAUGACGUGACCAUCUCCGCGCCCUGGUACCUUGGUCUGAUGUUCAGAACCAGAGCACGGGACGGGACGCUGCUGCAGGCCCAGGCUAGCAAGCACAUCAGUCUGCUGUUUCAGGUGGUUAAAGGUCAACCGGUGUUCUCGAUCACCGGUAGCUCAACCCGACCGGUGCGUCUGCCCUUCGAACAGGUCCAAAUAGCAGAUGGUCGGUGGCACGACCUCCAGCUGGAGCUGAGAGAUGUCCACAGCGGCCGUGAAACGAGCUACGUCGCCACGCUGCGGCUUGACUUUGGACUCCAUCAGAAAACGGUGACACUGGGAAAUGACAUCCAAGGCUUGAAGGUGAAACAUCUGCAUGUCGGAGGAGUUCUGGGCUCUGGCGAGGUUCAGAAUGGGAUAAAAGGAUGCAUACAGAGUGUUCGAUUGGGGGUAAGGCCAGACGCCUCUCCCCUCCCCCACCCAUCCAGAAAUAUCAAAGUGGAGUCUGGCUGUAAUGUGGGCAACCCCUGUCGCUCGUCUCCUUGUCCAGCGCACAGCAGUUGCUCUGACCUCUGGGAGCGACACACCUGUGUGUGCGAACCUGGUUACUACGGGAGAAGCUGCAUUGACGCCUGCCACCUGAAUCCAUGUGAAAAUGAGGCUCAGUGCCACAGGAAGCCAAGCUCAUCCCACGGAUACAGUUGUGACUGCGGAGACAAUCAUUAUGGGCAAUACUGCCAGCACAGAAUUGAUCACCAGUGUCCUCGGGGUUGGUGGGGUUCUCCAACCUGUGGACCAUGUCACUGUGAUGCUAAUAAAGGCUUCGACCCUGACUGUAACAAGACAAGUGGACAAUGUUACUGCAAGGAGUUUCACUACCGUCCUCGAGGCUCUGACAGCUGCCUGCAAUGUGACUGCUACCCCGUGGGCUCCUUCACGAGGUCAUGUGACCCCGAAACAGGCCAGUGUCAGUGCAGGUCAGGCGUAAUUGGCCGACAGUGCAACGCAUGUGACAACCCCUUUGCCGAAGUCACAAAUUCAGGCUGCGAAGUUAUCUAUGAUGGCUGUCCAAAGACCAUCACCCAGGGCAUCUGGUGGCCUCGGACCAAGUUCAACCUGCCCGCUGCAGUCCCCUGCCCUAAGGGCUCCAUCGGCGCAGCCAUCCGACACUGUGAUGUGGAGAGAGGAUGGCUGGAGCCGGAUCUUUACAACUGCACCUCACCUCCGUUUGUGGAGCUCAGCGUUGCUCUGGAUUCUCUGGAGCGUAACGAGACAGAACUGUACACCAUCCUGGAGAAGAAGCUUGCUCACCAGCUUCGGGAUGUUACCGAAGCCACUGGCCGUCUCUAUGGGAACGACUUACAGAUAGCUGAGCGACUCCUCUCCCGCCUACUAACCUUUGAAACCCAGCAGAGUGGUUUCGGACUCACAGCCACUCAGGAUGCACACUUUAAUGAGAACAUCCUGCGAGGCUGCAGUGUGCUGAUGGGUCCCGGUACCUCUGGACUGUGGCGAGCCCUCGCUCAGAGUCAGAACCACAUCCUGGGUGGUGGUCCGGCUGAGCUGACAGAGCUGCUGGAGCAGUACUCCAAGAAUCUGGCCCAGAACAUGAAGCUUACCUAUCUCAACCCAGUGGCCUUGGUCUCACCUAAUAUAGUCAUGAAUCUGGACCGUGUGGAGAACCUGACCUAUGUACGUCAGCGUUUUCCUCGUUACCACGCCACCAUGUUUCGUGGUCAGACUUUGUGGGACCCCUACACCCAUGUGACGCUGCCCCCUGCUGCCCUGAUUGCACGACAGCAGCAACACAACUGGAAGGAGAAAGAGCGGAUAGAGAAAGAACCUUCAGCCCCUCAUAGUGCUGCCUCAGCCCCCAUCAGUGCCUCAACCAAUCACACGAAAGAAUACACUGCAGCCAGGCGCAGCGCCUCACUGCCUGAGACACCCUUCACUAUCGUCAUCCUGCUGAUCUACCGAAGCCUGGGUGCUGCCCUGCCUCCCAAGUACCAUGCAGACCGGAGAGGAGUAAGACUUCCCAGACACCCGGUUAUGAACUCCCCAGUAGUGACUGUCGCCAUCUACAGCAACCAGACGUUUGUUGACGGUCACUUGGACCAGCCCAUCCAGUUGGAGUUCAAACUGCUGGAGACGGCCAACCGCAGCAAGCCUCUGUGUGUGCAGUGGAAUCACAGCAGUCCGCAUGAGAUGGGAGGCUGCUGGACGGUGAGGGACUGCAUAGUGGUGUACAGGAACACCUCUCAUGUCCGCUGUCAGUGCCAGAGACUUGGCACCUUCGGCGUGCUGAUGGACAGCUCCCAGAGAGAGCAGUUGGAAGGGGAUCUGGAGACGUUGGCCCUGGUGACGUACUCCUCCCUGUGCGUCUCCAUGCUGGCCCUCCUCCUCACUGUCCUGGUGCUGUCCUGUCUCCGGGGCCUCAAGUCCAACACGAGGAGCAUCCACUCCAACACAGCAGCUGCCAUGUUUUUGUCCGAGCUGGUGUUUUUGCUCGGGGUCAAUCAGACCGAACAGCAGUUUCUUUGCACGGUCGUCGCCAUCCUGCUGCAUUACUUCUUCAUGUCCAUGUUUGCUUGGAUGUUCGUGGAGGGCCUUCACAUCUACCGAAUGCAGACCGAGCAGCGAAACAUCAACUACGGAGCCAUGAGGUUCUACUACGCCAUCGGCUGGGGCGUGCCGGCCAUCAUCACAGGUCUGGCUGUGGGUUUGGACCCUGAGGGUUAUGGGAACCCAGACUUUUGUUGGAUCUCCAUGUAUGAUAAACUCAUCUGGAGCUUCGCUGGCCCCGUCGCUAUUGUCAUACUGAUGAAUGGAGGGAUCUUCAUGAUUGUUGCCAAGAUGUCCUGUAAUCCGUCUCAGAAAGAGACGAAGAAACUCCCCGUCAUUGCUACCAUCAGAAACGCCUUCCUGUUGCUGCUGGUGGCCACCUCCACCUGGCUGUGUGGUCUCAUGGCGGUAAACAACAGCAUCCUGGCCUUCUACUACAUCUUUAACGUCCUCUGCCUGCUGCAGGGCCUGUCGGUGAUGCUGGUUUUCACUGUGUUCAACGCAGAGGUGCAGGAGGCGUGGAGUGUGGCCUGUCUGGGUAAAAAGAGCCCAGGGGAAGACCCACCAAGACCACCACAGAGCACAGCUCAGAAUCCAUAUCACAACACAUCGCUAUUGGAGCAGAGCGGGCUGCAUCGCAUCACCCUGGGAACCUCCACCAUCUCCUCCGUCAGCUCUGCCAGAGAAAAUCUUUUGGCUCGUCAGACUCUAGAGCAAAACCUCGUCCAGACUGGAGCGACGGACCUGGAUGUGGCCAUGUUCCACAGAGAUGGAGGCGGGGAUUCAGACUCAGACUCGGACCUCUCCAUGGAUGAAGAGCGCAGUCUCUCCAUCCCGUCAUCUGAGAGCGAUGACAACAUGCGUCUCCGUGGGCGCAUCCAGCGGAGAUUCAAACGCUCCAAUCACAGCGAGCGCCUACUCACUGAACCCACCAACAAUGACACCAAAGAUCUGGAUGGUAAUGACCUUUUGUCCUACUGGCCAGCUCUGGAGGAGUGUGACACACACGCCUUGCAGAAAUGGGGCUCAGAGCGCCCCCUGGGGGGAGAUUACAGCAAGGACGCCGCCAACAACAACCAGCUGGAUGCAGCGCUCACCAGUGGCGACGAGAACAUCCUCUCACAGCCACACAGGCAUCGCAAGGGUAUCCUGAAGAACCGUCUUGGAUGUCCACCAGCACUCCAAGGUCUUUCCACCAUGGGUCGUGUCCCCAGCGAGCUGAACUGGUACCGGACCUCUACACUCGGCCAUCGAGGCGUUCCAGCAGCUUCGUACGGUCGCAUGUACUCUGCUACAGCCAGUGCCUCGGGAGGUACUGGUUCUCUCUCCCAGCCAGCUUCACGGUAUUCCUCCAGGGAGCAUCUGGACUCGCUUGCCAGAAGGCAGCUGUCCAGAGAUCCGCUAGGAAGGCAGACGAUUGGGGGUUCACGGGAGCGGCUGGACUCCCGAGGUUCAAGGGACAAUCUGGAUCUCUUACCCAGGAGGAGAGAGCUGGGGCUGGGGAUUUUAGAUCACCAACGAGUCUCUUCAUCCAGGGAGAACUUGUCGGGAUCUAGGGACAGACUGGACAACCAACAUGCCGCUAGCUUCCACACCUCCAGGGAGGAUUUGAGUGGAAACGGGGGUGGUGUUGGAGCUGGGAUGGAGGGAUACCUCAGUGGGUCGAGGUCCCAGCUAAACUCACUAACACGGCGUCAGGCGUCGUCCCGGGAGCACCUGGGAGGGGCUCUGAUGAGUAGCAGGUCGAGGGAGCAGCUGGAGACCAACGGAGUAGGAGCUCAGGCUCAGACAGGUCGGGAGUGGCUUCGCAGCCUGCCCCCCAGGCAACCCUCGCAUCCUGACCAACCCCCCUCCGCUUCCCCUCCACCUCCGAUCUCAGAGGAACCUCAACAAGAGCAGCUACCUCCUCCAGCUCAUGUCAGAGGACGCCUGGACUCUGCGCCUCCAUGUAGGUACCCUGGUCAGACUGUUCCCCAGGUCUCAGGUCUAAAUCCAAACCCGCUGGUUAGACAACCAUCCAGCGAACAGCUGGACAUUCUGUCCUCCAUCCUGGCAUCCUUCAGCUCCUCUGUCCUCUCCCAUCCUGCUCCCACUAACCCUAACGGCUCCGUCCACGGACCCUCCCCUUCCCCACCCCAGUCCACCACGUCCCACAGCAUAUCCGAAGUCUCUCCUGACUCAGAAGCCAACAGAAGCGAGGGCCACUCUUGAUGACGGCCUCCACAUCAUUUAACGCUUUGCAGCAAUGCAGCGCACACAAGGAACAAGCUCAGAUGUCACGAGUGGUCCAAAAACUGAAGGAACAACCAGAGAUGUUUACAGAUUGGGUCAAAAGUGACAAAAAGGAUGAAAAUGGACAAAUGGAAAGUUUAUUGAUACAACAGUUUGGGACAAAACAAGAGGUUUGUGGGCUUUUGAGCCCCAAUAUGGUGGAAUUUUCGGACAGCGAAUUAACCACCUCUACCUAAAACACACACAACACUUUGAUUAAACAAAACUAAAAAAAAACACAAUCAAAUAAACCCGACAACCCCCAUCAAAAAGGGAUGAAAAAUAUGUGACUGUAAAUAACCUUUUUAUACAUUUUUUAUCUUUUUCAUUGAAGGUGAAAAAAAAUCUCUUGUGAAGUUUCUCGUUUUUUUUUACAAAUGUCUGUGUGAGGCGGAGAAUGAGGUUGAGUGCAGUCUUGUGUGUUUUCUGAUGGAAGAAAUUUCCUCAACUAGGAUUAAAAAAACAGUAAAAAUCCACAAAUUUCUCCCCAAAAAAUCAUUUUCCUCUGAACGUUUUCCUAACACCUUUGAACUUUCUGUAAAGCAACAAGGGUCCAGCAAUAGUACCUGAUGAGAUUAUCAAAACUGCAAAAUGUGGUUUAAAAGGGAAAAAUAUCAAAGUAUCAGAAGGUGAUUGUAAAUAGAGGAAGGCAUUGCUAGAAGAGAGGAGAUCUGAUGGAACAGAAUGAUUGUGCAAAGAAAGUCAGUGGUUCAACCGCUAAAGCUCACCCCGGUAUUCCACCAGAUGCACGAGCAGUACGUAACAUAUUAGAUGCGUUUUACCUGCAAGCUCCCUUUCCAUCACGUUAGACGGGAAAUGGCAGCAAAAGUGUUUCACGCAGCUGAUCCCGGGGGUCACCAAAUGACCGGAGAAUUGCAACACAACGCGUGAUUUUGGCCGUUCUUGAAAUGGCAAAUAGGGAGAAAGACAGCAGCAUGUAUCGAAAAAGGUCUGGGUUUUAUUUCUGUUCCGUUGACCUCGGCUACGGAGGUUUCACAGGUGAUAACGUACUUUUAUUUAAUAAGCAACUGGAAAGUUUCCAAAUGUUUUACACUGCAUUUGUGUUUGACUUCCUGUCUGGGCCGAUCUGAACUGCUGAGCUCGACGCGUUCUGGAAGUUGGCGCAUAAGCGACGCGUUCACGCCUCUGGGAUAUUUCCAAAGCGCAGCCCUUUGCCAUCCACUAUAAAACGGCCAAUUGCUCCGAGCUACGUUUCACGGUAGCCACGACGCUUACGCAUCUGGUGGAAAGGCCCGGUCAGUCACAGGUGUCAGAGUAUCAGCUCCUUUGGGAGACUGUGUGCUGUUUUGUGAUCUGCUGUAUAUAAAUGUGACCUUGUCAUCUAUCUGUGUCUUUGUGCCUGGCGCUGUCUAAAGCAGACCACAUCAGCUCGCUGAAACAACAAAAACAUAACCUCAGUAUCAACAUAACCCGAGUCUGCCUCUCUGCGUGAGGCUGGAUCGUCUAACAAGCGUUUUGAAUCCCCUCGAGGUGUCUUUUGUGCUUUGACGCAUCAUAACUCAACCUGCCUCGAGGGACACCACGGGAGCAGCAGGAUCUCUGCAACAGCAUCCAGGAAACCCAUUCAUAGAAGCUUCUCAACUCGGAAGUUUCUAAGCAAAUCGAAGCCAAAGGGACCUAAAACCUGUUUCUGUGUUCCCCCUCUUUUUUCUGUCAUGAAAAUCACUUGUGCACGGUGUGGAGGUGUAAUUCGCUAUUUUAUAACCUUAUUCAUAACUUUGAGGAAAUGUAAGAUGAAGAUUUAUUUCCAUCAAUGAGGCCUUAGUUCUACUCUACCAUUUUAUUUGGCUGCACACUGAAGGAUUUCCAUCCAAUAGGAUGGAGGAAAAAACUGAUCAGAAUUGUGUGUGGGAUCUUAAUGUGCUCCAGUGAUGAAAGCAGACUCAGCAUAACUGGUUAUAUGAGCUCAUGCCUUUAGGGAUAGGCCCCGUUAUUUCUUCAUCAUAGAUCCUGGGAAAUUACGAUAGAGAUAAAAAAAGCAUGCAGUCCAAAUUGUGCAACCCAAACACCCAAUUGGGGGUUCUAGCUGAAACACAAAAAAAGACAGUUUCCCUCUGAUUUGGAGCGUUCCACGGAGGUACGAUAUCUACCGAGACCAAAUCACUUUUCAAAAAGGAAGUGGUGUCAGCAUUGUCGGCACUAAAAGCCUCUGAUUGGUUUUGAGAUGCAGCUCUUCCCAUCAGCAGCUGAUCCCUCCUCACAGGUGCUGGACACAUCCUGAAUUUAGGUCUUAAAACAAAUACGAGGAUUUGUUUCUAUCCCAGAUAUUAAGAUACGGGCUGAGGAAGGGGUUUUUAAGGAAAAAGUGUUGAAAAGUUGAAAAGAAAA